CUCCCAGUGCUCUGUUAGCCUAAAGACAUGGCAGGUGUGUUCGCCUACGAGAGCUCCGAUGUGGACUGGUGCGAAGACAACUACCGCCACUCGGAGAACGUGGUGGAGUACUUUAACACAAUGAGCAGCUUUAUUUUCUUCGUGAUUUCUCCCAUCAUGCUCUACCUGCUCCACCCGUAUGCCAAAGAGAGGAACCUGGCUGUGCACCUCGUGUGGAUCAUGAUGAUCUUUGUUGGCCUUUUCUCUAUGUAUUUCCACAUGACCCUGAGCUUCAUGGGCCAGAUGCUGGAUGAGCUGUCCAUCGUGUGGGUCCUGGCCAUUGGCUACGCCCUCUGGUUCCCACGCAGGCUCUUCCCGUCUUUCAUCAAGGACAGAAACUCCUUCGCAAAGAUGGUCCUAGCUGUGACUGUUGUGACCACGCUGUCAUCUUUCGUGAAGCCCACGGCCAACGCCUACGUGCUCAACUGCUUCGGCGUGCACACCCUCUAUUCCAUGUGUGUGGAGAUGAGAUGCUGCAAUGACAAGCGAGUGCUGCGUCUGGCUAAAGUCUCCAUCGGCCUGUGGGUGUUAGCCAUCUCCUGCUGGAUCAGUGACAAAUUUGGCUGCAGCUUCUGGCAAAAGCUCAACUUCUGCUAUUUGCACGGCGUUUGGCAUAUCCUGAUUGUGGUGGCCACUGCUCACGGAAGCACUUUAAUUGCCUAUUUCGAUGCUCAUGUUGAGAUCCCGCAUUCCCUGCCGGGCAUUCAGUACUGGCCCAAAGACAGCUGGGGCUUGGGUCUGCCCUACAUUGCCCUUAAAGGUGCCACCAAGACUAGUAAGACAUGCUGAGACUCCUGCACAGCCAAUAGCAGAACACAGUGGGAGGGGAUGGAUACGACGGACCAAAGCA